AAGGGUCUUUGCAGCGCUCACUACUUCCACGUGACGUUUUGUUUUUCUGCGUCACUUCCUGCGCGGCAGAUCCUGAACUAAAGUUUUCCCUGUUAGCUUUCCGUUAGCUCCUUUUUACGCCCCAUAAGUCGCCUGUUGCACGUUUAAGUAUUCAUAUAAAAUGUACGAACAAAAACAGUCUUUGGAUUACAUCGUUUAAAACAAACGCUGACUGUAGUCUUCAGUUUCUCGUCGUAGUUCAGCAUAAUCGUUGAUUAGCUAAAGGAUCUAGCUUCUUUAGCAGCAGGAGUUUGUGUUUUUGAGCGUGAAAGCGUUUACACUCGUGGAUCUUCAUGAACUGCAGUUUUCCAAUCAUGUCCAAUCGGUUGUGAGUGUGUCAAGCCGUCAUCUGAAGUAGCUCCCAGCAGCCAAGUCCCUCAACAUGUCCAAUCAGCUGACUGCUGAGCAGCAGCGAAAGAUCGAGGAGAACAGACGGAAAGCUUUGGAGCGGAGAGCAGAAAGACUCGGACAAACUGUCAGCAGCACGAAGCAGCCUCCGGCGGGCUCCAGCACUGGGCCAGGACACGCGCAGGCCAAAAAACCAAGUGCCCCCCUCCACCCUGCUGGACCUGAUGAUCACAGUGGAGCCCCGGCUCCCAAACACUUUGCUCCAUCUUUCCAAAAGGUGCAGCAGAACUUCAGCAACCAGAUCCCAAGUUCAGGUGGUCAGGGCAACUUUGGCUCAUCAAAACAGAUAAAAGUCCCUGGUCCAGUUUCUCAGACAAACCAACAUGCGAAGAACGUCCUGCCUGCUGGAGGACAACUCAAUGCCAACACAACAAAGUCCCCCUCCUGCAGCUCUGGAGGUGCACUCGGGUCCUUCUACAAUCAAGUCAGCAAACCUGCACAAGCUCCCCCAGCAAAGUUCACCCCCUCCACCUCUGCCCCUAUGAAAAAGCCUGCCGUCUCUGUCAGAGGAAAAUGUGUUCUUCAUUCAGAGAACCGCUUCAGAGUGGAAGUGGGCUACCAUGCAGAGCUAAUAGCUGUUUUCAAAUCCAUGCCCUCAAAGAAUUAUGAUCCAACUACAAAAACAUGGAACUUUAGUCUGGAUGACUACAGACAGCUAAUGGAGGAAGCAGCUGCCAUUGCCUCAGUGUCUUUGAGGCCUCUGGAGGGAAUGGAGGCGGUCAACAGUGGAGCCGUCCAGCCUCGUGACGGUGCGGCGCUAACGGCGCUGCUGAAACUGUGCAAUGGUUGGCAGAAACCUGGAGCCGCUAUAAAAGGACAGUGCAUCCUGGUGUCUCGGACAAGGUUUGAGGUUGACAUCCUUUACCAUGCCGACGUCAUUGGAGCAUUUAAACAAAUGCCUACUAAAAGCUACGAUAUGAACACUAGAAAGUGGAGCUUCUCGCUCACAGACUAUGGAGGACUCCUGGAUCUCAUCAGUGGGAUAGCAGCAGUGGAGGUGGAGCCUCUACCCAGGGCAAUAAUCCAAGCUUUUGCUGCCAGGUUCGAUGGGAGUGAAGCCAGGCCUUCAGACAUUCCUGAGGCAGACCUCUCCAGCAUCGACCCUGCACUCACCUCCAGCCUCAUGCCCUUCCAGAGGGAAGGAGUCAACUUUGCUGUGGCCAAACAAGGCCGGCUCCUUCUGGCUGAUGACAUGGGGCUGGGGAAGACGGUGCAGGCCAUCUGCAUCGCUGCCUACUACAGGAACGAGUGGCCUUUGUUAGUGGUGGCUCCGUCCUCCGUGCGGUUCACCUGGGCUGAGGCCUUCCGACGCUGGCUCCCCUCUCUAAGCCCGGACUGCAUCAACGUGGUGGUGAAGGCCAAAGACCGUCUGAGAUCCGGAUUGGUCAACAUCGUUAGCUACGAUCUGCUGAACAGGAUGGACAAACAGCAUCCAGGUCAACCAUUUAAUGUUCUCAUCAUGGAUGAAUCUCACUUUCUGAAGAACAUGAAGACCGCUCGCUGUAAAGCAGCAUUGCCUCUGCUGAAGGCUGCAAAGAGAGUCAUUCUUCUGUCUGGGACUCCUGCAAUGUCCAGACCCUGUGAGCUCUACACCCAGAUUCUGGCUGUCAGACCUACACUCUUCCCUCGCUUCCAUGAAUUCGGCUUGCGAUAUUGUGAUGCCAGAGAGAAACCUUGGGGCUGGGAUUACUCUGGCUCGUCAAACCUUGGAGAGCUGAAGCUGUUGUUAGAGGAUUGUUUGAUGCUGCGCCGCCUCAAGUCUGAGGUCCUUUCCCAGCUGCCCGCCAAACAGCGGAAGGUGGUCACGGUCACCAUAGACGGCGUCAACACCCGGAUAAAAGCUGCUCUCUCGGCUGCAGCCGCAGAGCUGACCAGGAACCAUCGCAGCAAAAUAGAGGAGAAGGAAGCCCUCCUCGUCUUCUACAACCACACAGCUGAAGCGAAGCAGCAAGCCAUUAUGGAGUACAUCACAGACAUGCUGGAGAGUGGGAGAGAGAAGUUUCUGGUUUUUGCUCAUCAUAAAUCAGUUCUGGAUCACAUCACCUGUGAACUGGAUAAAAAGGGCAUCAGCUACAUCCGUAUCGACGGUUCGACUCCAUCGGCGGAACGACAGCAGCUGUGUGAAAAGUUUCAGUACUCAACCAAGACGUGUGUGGCUGUGCUGUCCAUCACUGCCGCAAACAUGGGAAUCACUCUGCACACAGCGGACCUGGUGAUCUUUGCAGAGCUCUUCUGGAACCCCGGGGUUCUCAUUCAGGCAGAGGACAGGGUUCAUCGAAUCGGGCAAACAAACAAUGUGAACAUUCAUUACCUGGUUGCCAAAGGAACUGCUGAUGAUCAUCUGUGGCCAAUGAUCCAAGCAAAGAUGAAUGUUCUGGAGAAAGUGGGCCUGUCGGAGUCGAACCUCUCAGACAAUGCACAAAACUCCAGUUUCCAUUCAAAGGAGGCUGGAUCUUUCCAGGAUGGGAAAACCAUCUUAGAGAUGUUCCAGAGGUCAUUUUCUGCAGAUGAGGACAUGGAUGAAGCCCUCCUGCUGGAGGCUGCAAACGAGUGGGAAGACCCUCCGUCAGAAGACAUGGCGCCUCAACGCGACUGCACCGAUGCUGUCAAUCAAGGCCGCGGUCAAAACAACCUCAGAAAAUAUUUUAGUAGAUGAUUAUAAAAGUUGGAUAAUUUCAGUCAUUUAUUUUAGACAAAUACCUCUAAAGUUUUCAGCCUAUCAUGACUGAAUCAAUACUGAAUUAUAAAUGUUCAGUUUGAGGCCAAACCAAAAAAUGUAUUUAUGUAUGUAUGUAUAAUUUUUUUGAUAAAUAAAAGUGAAUUUAAAGCCAA